AUGCUGGUGGUUCUCACGGGGCGCGAGGCUGUGCUCGUUGUGGAGGGCGACCACGUCAAUAUCAAGAGAUGGGUAGCCCCACUGGUGAUCUCUGGAGCAGUGGCAGAAUUCAAGGACCCUCGUUUAGAAGCACCGGAUGAAUUGGUGCUGUGCUUGGCUCGCCUUGCCCUCUCCUGCACUGCCCUGCCUGGGGCCUCCCGCCCAUCCAUGCUCCAAGUGCUGGCUGAGCUGGUGAGGAUAAAGCAGGAGAUGUUCGGGGCGCAGGUGAGCGCAGAGGUUUCUGGCAUCGACACGGAAAUUGGAGGCUCUGAUGGCCCCUUUGACUUCAGUGCUGAAAUGGCCCGCGCGAUGCGAGAGGCUGUUAGUCACGGCUCCUCAACUAGCAUGCCAUAG